AUGUUAACAAAAUUCGUGUUAUUCACCACAUUUGCCGUUUUGGUAUUGGGUUAUCCACCAGAAACCUUGCCACAAUAUCCACCAGCAACUGAGCCUGAAGUUGUGCCACCUUAUGGUGUUCCUCCUCCACCUGGACCACCUCCACCAGGACAACUUCCACCAUAUGGAGCUCCUCCAGCCGAACAUCAAAGCCCUCAAACUUUAGCUUCUCUACUUGUUAAUGCUCUAAUUGAUGCAAGUUAUGAUCAUCAUUAUGAGCACAACGAAGAUCCAUCAAAACCACCAUCCAACUCCAAAUUUUUCCGCUUCUUCGCCAAAGAAUUUGUUUACCGCAGGAACGGAAAUGUUCACGCGAACAAACCGGAAGAUGUCCAUUUUUUGAAAAAUCCCGAAAGAUUUGCCGAUAAUUUGCGAAGUGUUCAAAACGCUGCCGAUUAUUUGAAUGGAAAUGGAUUCACUUUUGAGAUUGUCGCUUAUAAUAGAAAGACCGUCUAUGUGACUGUUUUGGAAGUUCGUGGAAGAUUCAGAAUUGUUUCGUUUGAUGAGUUCAGACAAUACGACUUUGAUGGGGGAUAUUGA